UGAGACACAGACCCAGAGGUCUUCCCCAUUGGGAGACCCAGACCCAGUGAGUUUUGUUCUUUUGGUGCUUUUUGAUACGAGCGGAUUCCAUCUGCCAUGUCAGGACCGGGAGGCCAGGGAGGCUUGGCAUGGCAAAGUCAAUGACUUGGCCCACCGUGGCAUCAAGCUGGGGCACAUCUUGGGAUUUCACCAGAGCCUCUCCGAAGGCAGCUUGCGUGGGGAUCUGGGGCAAAAGCUGAUGCCACACUUCGACGCGCAGAAGCACACGACGCAUGAUGUGGUGCGCUCAGCCAUCAUCCCGGUCACCAAGCACACCUCUUAUGGAAGCUGCGCCUAUGCCACGCUCGCGGAAGGCAAUGUGCCAUGCUUGGCCACGGUGAUGGUGUCGCACCAUUGGCGGAACCUGUUCGGCCACCUCGUGGCAGCGGUCAUCGGAUAUGCCUUGGGCGAGACCAGCUAUGAGGCAACAGCACAGCAGCUGAAGGAGAAAAGCUUCGAGGACUUGAGGCAACGCUUGGACCGACGGGAUGCGCUUCAAAAUACCUUUUGGAUGUGUCUCUUUUGUGUGAACCAGCACGCAUGCAUUUGUGGCGGACUGCCCUCCGCUCCUCAGCGGAAAGAGAAUCAGACGGCGGAGCAGUUGCAGGAGCUCUUGGAGUCGCAUCAUCGAGAAGUCCAUGAUCCCGUGACUGGCCAGGAAUUUCAAACAUGCAACUGCGACACCACAAAGCAUUGGAACACUUCGGCACUUUGCGAGAUGGACAAGUUUGACUCGAUGAUGGCGAAGUUGGACCAGGAAGUGCCGCAGGUGAUCCAACGGAAGCUGAGCCACGUCAUCGUGGUGGACGAGUCCUUUGAGGUCUUUUCGCGGAUUUGGGUCAUGGCGGAGAUUGCCAAAGCGCAAGAAUUGGAGCUGAACCAGGUUGCAAUGCUCUUCCCUCCGCCUGAGCGGCUGAAUGUGACCAGCGCACACGACCCACAAAAAAAAAGGCGGAGCCAGGUGCCGGCGAAGGCGGCCUUGGAGGUGGCGCGCGUGCGGGAGACCUUGGACAUCCGAAACUGCAAAGCGAGCCGCCAGGAGGACGUGGAUGCCAUUUUAGCAUCGAUUCCGGACGUGGAGGCCUUCAACGAGCGGUUGAAGGAAGUGCUCUUCAACGAGCAAUCGGGGCUCCUGGAGACCUGGAGUGCCGAGCGCUGCGCGGGGUUCUUUGAUGUCAUCGACCCCUUGAAGGACCUGGUGGCGGUGGAGCAGCUCACAGCCCCACAGGUCAUCAUGUUGGGCCAGGAGAGCACAGGGAAGUCAACGCUAUUGGAGCGUUUGACGGGACUGCCAAUCUUCCCUAGGAAUGCAGAUCUGUGCACGCGUGCGCUGAUCAAAGUGCGUCUGAGACGGGGCGAGACGCGGAAGCUCAAACUCUUGGUUCAAGAUAUGCAGUCGCAAGAAGAUGAACCCAGUGCUUUUGGAGAGGAACUGGAAUUGAAAGACUUGGGAAACGCCGUGAUGAAGGAGAUGACUCGACAGGUGCGGUUGGAGGCUUUGAGGUCAGAGUCUCCUGCGCAAAGUGAGAAGUUCUACGCGCAACAUGUGCGCGAGGACCCCUUGGAGCCUUCAGAUGGCUUGUGCACCAAGAAGCUUCUGGUGGUCGAGCUGAUUUCGCCCAAGGCGCCCAACCUGGACGUGGUGGACUGCCCUGGUUUAGUGGCCGCCGCCGCCCUGGGCCGGCCGGAGAACGUGGCGGCGAGCACCGCGCAGCUGGUGAGGAGCUAUGCGAAGAAACACCGCCACUCGGCGCUCUUCGUGGUGGCCGUCAAGGCAUCGGAGCAGCCGAACAACUCCUUGGCCAUGCGCUUGGUGCAAGAGGUGGGGUUGGAGCGCUGCGCCUUGGGCGUGUUGACCAUGACGGACAUCCUCACGGGAGACUUGACCGAUGGCACCACGCGUUUGCACUCCACGUUUCUGAAGCACCAUGGCCCUCGACUGCUUCAGCUCCUGAAAGCCUCCAAUGACCAGGGUGGUGGAGUGCACCUCUCCCUCGGUUACACCCUGACCGCUCUCCACGAUGUCUGUGAGGAUCGCGGCUGGCUGAGCCUGUCGCGUGUGGAUGCCAUGGCCCAGUGGGAGCAGCGCUACUUUCUGCAACUCGCCAAGCAGUGGGCUGCGGCGAAUGGAGAUGAGUUGGACCCCAACUUCUUGUUAGAGCGAUGCUCCUGCAACAGCUUGUGGCGCCACAUCAAAGAUGCAGUGGACCAGUUUGUGCGGGAGAACUGGUUGGUCAACACCAUGAGCAAGGUGCGACAGGAAGAGCAGGAGAUCCGACGCCAAGAGCUGGCCUUGGGCCUCCCCCGCGCCCUGGCCCCAGCGCACCUGGCGGAGCUGCGGCGCCAGGGGGAUUUGCUGCCGGGCACUCUUCGGAGCGUGGUGGAGACAGAGGAGAUGGGACGCUUGAGGAGCGAGUCGGACAGUUCCUCCUCGCGGCAGAUCCAGGAUCUCUUUGGUCAACAUAUGGCGAAGUGUCUACGUGAUCUCCUGCAGAAGGCCUGGGCUGCUGGCGGGGUGUUCGGCGAGGUGGCCGGAGAGUUGGAGAAGAGGUUGAUGUCCUGCCUUCCGGAGGAGCUGCCCCUGCGAUGCCCAAGCUUCAAAUCGGGCUUCACUGGCAAAACGGAUGCAUUCAACUUGCCGAUGCACUUGGAGGCAUGUAUGGCGAAGGUGGAACAGCAAAUGCUGGACGCUGCAGCACGGGUGAAGGAGCAUCUGAAAGAGCAGCUGCAAAAGGUCCUGAAGGAGGACGCCACGCCGCAGCGCUUGGGACGUUUGACGCGUGCAGCCGAGCGCGUGCAACAUGCCUUAUGGAGCAACGAGCGCCACGAGCCUCCUGAGGACUUCCUGCCUGGGCUUCGCGAGCUGCUGGCGCCGCUGCUCACCUCCGCGCGCGUGGCGCGUGGGGAGCGCGGUUUUGCCGUGAAGCUGGACCGAGAGCAGGUGACGCAGCGGUGCAGUUUGCACUUCCAUCGCUUUCUGGACGAGGUGCUUGGGGAGCUUCCAGUGCGUGCGCUCCAGAUGGCCUUGCCGGAGGACUGCUGGGUGGAAGACUGCUCUGAGGAGCGGAUGUUGUUGCUUGGCCGGCUGCUGAAGCUUCGGCUGGUUCAGGCGCGGCUCACCGAGUCCUUCGGUGAGGAGGCGAGUCUCAGGGAGAGCGAAGCGCCCGAGCCGAGCGCCAGCGCUGCGCCCGCCGCGAGCGCCGCGGCCGUGCCAAAGAGCCCCGCCACCGCUGCGACCGUGGCGAGCGCGAGCGUCGAAGGCCUUCGGCGCACUCCGGAGCAGGUGAAGGCCGAGGUGGAGACUUGGAAAGGCUAUCUCCACGAACGUGCCGACGAGUAUUUUGAUUCCCCCGAAGAGCUGGAGGGUGUUUUGACAGAGCUGGCGGAGAAGACGGACGCCGGAAGCGACUUCCUCAAAGGUGACGCAGAUGUCAUCUGGCGUGGUGAACGAAAUGAGGAGAAUGUGGAAGCCAUGCUGCAUAUCCGGCGGCUCCACCGAGCUACGACGUCCAGCCCCGGUGGUGCGACGUCCACAGCGAGCUACGUCAACCGGCUGCUGGCGGCGCUCUUCGCCGAUGACCAGGCCUUCGCCGAGCUGUCGAGGCUGCCCCGCGCCGAGCCGUUGCGGAUGCGCUGCGGGAAGCAGUUGUGUGUGAACAUCAACCAUAUCUCCUUGCCAUGACGAGUGCGAAUCGCCGCGAGACAGACACCGUCUGGGGACGUCCACGGCUUGCUUGGCCAGGCGAAGAGGCGACUGCCGUGGCCGUGUGCUGAGAUGAAGCGGCGUGGAGUAUGCUUGGCACAGUCAGCUUGUGAUGCAGUGAGUUGUCCAAGAAACGAGGCCUUGGUUUCUACACCCUUUCUACACCCAUGCUUGGAACAGCGGCGAAACGACCUAAAUCAGCCAGACUGGCUGAUUGGGAGAUUUGGUGCCUGGCUCGAUGGUGCUCGGCCACGAGCGUGAAGAGCACGCCUUGCCCAAAGAUCGAGGCAAAGUUUGUGAUCACCCUCAUCACAUUGCACAAGAGCAUUGUGGCCCCUCUGUGCUGGUACAACGCGUACCGAGUACUGCAACAAGAACAUCGAAAAGAACUACCUGUUCUGUCAUAUCCUUCCGUACUGCAUGAGUGGCAAGGGUCUGGCAGAACAGUCGACAGGCUUCACGUUGGAUUUUUGUCGGUGAAGGAAGAUGUCUUUCUCCCAUGGUUUACUGAGGAUCGACAUGGAUAGAUAGAUUAUCAAGAUCUCGAGGUGCCCGACCGUGCUUUUCCGGUGGCCAUUCCGUUGCCCUUCGCAGGAGGCUCCCGCUUGACAGGGAUUGAUCCUGAGGGAUGCCACGAAGGAGUCUGGCUUGCGUUCUUGUCGUGUUUUCUGAGUGGUUCAGCAACGACAUCCGUGACCCAGGCGGAGAGCCGCAAGAGCCAAA